AUGACGGGUAGACAACUGAAAUAUUCAGCUCUUUCAUCUUUUAUUCAAUUCUGCAUCGAUGAAAAAGAGAGUAACUUAUUAUUGUUGAGUGUAAGUUAAUAUUUUUUAUUUUUCACCUCGGGUGUUUGAAAAAGCUAAUGUUUUGACUGUUUCAGCUUGUAAAUAAUCGUUAUGCCGUGGGUUCAGCAUCUCACCAAGAUCUCAGAAGGAUUGAAUUAAGUGUAUUUUCGCGGAUUAUUGACCCCGAAGGUCAGUUUUUAAAAAUUUCGUUGAUUGUACUUGGAUUAAUGUCGGAAUACGCAUAUAAUUUUUUCAGAUAGCACUCUGAUGAAAGUCUGGCUCAUAUCCAAUGAUCCGACCAAAACCACCGAACAUUACAUUCAAAGCUAUGCGGAGUUUUUGAUUGCAAUGUUCAGUGUAAGACGACUGUUUUUGAAGAAACCAGAGCUUGUCGUGGCUAUCAGUAUCUACACGUCUAACACGUUGAUGCCAUGGUUCUCGGCGAAGAUUGCAGCGAGAUCGGCGAGGAUUUUGAAGGGUAGGUUGUGGCUAUUUUACUUUGUAAAUGAUGAAGUUCUCGUCUGGUUUCCCAUUUCAAGAUUUGCCAUGGUCAAUAAGAUAUUUUGAUUAAAUUUUUUUGAAAUUUUUAUUUUGAAAAUUUUAAGAUUUGUUGAGGCUACGAUUCCCGCUGUUUUCCCAAAGGUUAUUUUUUGCGUCGAAUAAGAAAAUCUUAGCCAAUAUUUUGAUCUAAUCGUCGACACGCACUGUGCGAAAACAAUUUUUUCGCACAGUGCAAGCGCCAAAAAUCAAUUUCUUGCAAAAAACAAGGAAAUGCACAGUGCAAAGUCACAUUUGGUUUUCUCACAGUGCGUGUCGCCGAUUUCAGUCCGGCGACUUUCCGGACGGGAGUGCCUGGACAUGGCGCACUGUGCAAGAAAAAAGGUCAACUGCACGGUGCAUUUGAUUUUUCAAACAAAAUCGCUGCGACGCAAGCUUUUUUCCAUUGCGCCGCCGCGAAAUUUGAGACAAUUGCACAGUGCAAAAAUUUUUUGAAAAGGAUUGCGUUGCGGGAAGAAAGCGCUCUUUCGCAUCACUGAUGCACGUGGAAAGCAUGAACUAAUUGUAAGAUUUAAGAACGAAAACAGAAAACUUUUCCUUAUAUUCGCUUAUUUUCAGCCUUUUUCCCUUCUGCCUCUUUCAAGCUGGAGACAACUGCAAUGUACCCUACCUUCAAACAGUUUUACCCAUUGAUCGCCGAGUUGGCCCCUGUUUUGACUAAUGUUCGAUGCAGUCCAAAUGUGCUUCAUUUACUUCGAAAUGCCCACCUCAAUACUCUGAAUAUCGUCGACGAUUGGAAUUUUAUUCGGCGGACUGCUUGGUGUAAGUUUACGAAGCUUUUUUGAUGACGUUUUUUUCCAGAUUACCCGGAAUUAUUCCAUGUAAAAGCGAGGGAAUUUGUGUGUGGACAUGUCUUUCCUUUGGAUUAUUUCACGAAUGGAAGGUGAGUGGUGUUUCAAACGAGCAACAUUUAUUUUUAGUUUCCCAAUUCAACCUACAACUCAAGUGUUUGUUUGCGACGUAAAUUUACGAAUGAAAAAAUCUCCAGGUCUCUACGAGGACAUCUUUGGAGAGAUCUCACAAUGCCUUCCAAAUCUAAGGCUUCUGAAAUGCAACCAACUUGAUUUUGUGGUCGAAGUUGGGGAUAACGAUGAUCAUGUGGCCAUUCGUCGUGGAAAUGUUUCAAAAGUAAGAAAGAGAUAGGAUCUUUGAUUCUAAUGAAUGUUUUAUAGCCUUAUACGGAGGCUAUAGAGCUGGCUUCAUGGCACAUCCGAGAGAUCGCUCGACUAUCGCAUCUUGAGACCGAAAUCGAAGUCUUGUUCGAGUUCUAUCAUCAAGCCUAUGUCGACGCGUGUGCGGAUAUGUUCUCGAGGUUGUUGCCGGGAAGUAGUGUCUGCGAGAGCUCAUACAAUUCCGAAAUGGAAUCCACGCAGAAACACGUCACAUAUCAGAAGAAUAAUACGUUGGCUAAGCUAACUCUCUCCCCAGGCUUCUCUCCAAUUCCAUGA